AUGAAGAUGGGAAAAGACACGCAAGAUAUUGAGUGGUACCGCCGCUGGGUCAAACAAGUCAAGGAAGACUUCAAGCAAUACAACAGUGGUCAAGUAACACUAACACAGCUUGAUGCAACCAUCAGCCAAGUGCCCAGCGCCAUCAAGACUGUGAGUUGUGACGGGCUAGUAGCCCGUGACGUUGAAUUCGGGUUCGGGAUUCGUUAUGGACCCUAUGGCAAGCAAGCAUGGAUGUAUCCGCAUCAAUUUAUCACUCUCCCACAGGUGUUCUUCGACGAUCUUGCCGUGACAUCUGAGAUGAUCGAGAGCCGGGACCACUCCGGUGAGAACGAGGCGUAA